CCGAUUUUGAGCACAUUGAGACAUAGAAUAGACAUAUGUGAACAGACAUGAAAUAACCGAUAUAUAUGGUCUGUUCUAGACUAGUUACUAUUUACCAAGAAAAUAAUAGUGUUGACAAUUGUGAAUAACAAAUAAACCAAUCACAAUAACAUCUAACUAUACGGAACUGAUAAGUAAAGUACAUGCAUAAAAAACGUUUUGUAUUUGAAUAGUUUUGCAAAGACCUUGAUAGUUAAAUACGCACUAUAACCGAAAAUGACUUAUCAAACUACACAAUACAAUAAACCACUUGUUAGUCUACGUUAUAGAACCUAUUCCAACAGCCUAUGUGAACAUGACAAAAACAAUGUACUCUUAGAAAAAGUCAAUAUACCAAAACUUGAUGAAGAAUGCGAGAAAAUUAACGUUAAUAUAAUAAAUUUAAGAAGAGUUCGACAUGAAAUGUGUUUAAUCUACCAACAAUUUGCCCAGUGUACAUUAUAUGAAAAUGAUGAAGAAAAAUUAAAUCAGGCAAUUUAUCAAUUGAAAAGUGAUUUAGAAAACUUCAACUGGAAAUUAGAAAGAUCCUAUCGUUAUAAAAUGAAAAUUAGUUUAUUGCCAAAUUUCCCAGAAAAUCUUAGACAUUGUAAUGUGGAGUUAUUCAAUCGAAUUAAUGAAUUAUGUAGUGUUUUAAUCAAAACGUCUGAUAAUCUGCAGAAUCAUAUCCUGUCCUAUACAAAAAAUCUUUUGGAAUACAAGUCAGAUUUUUUAAGCGCAGCUCAAUUUAGAUUCAUACAACCAAUAGACUUACAAAUAGAUGAUUCUCUAAAAGAUGACUCAAUAAUCAAUGAUCAAAUUGACAAGAUACGAACAUAUCAAACCAAUGUAAAUAAUUCACGAAUAUUAUUGAAUGAAGUAGACAGAAUGAAUCAAAGAAUAAAAUAUAUAUUUAGAAAUUUGUUAAAAUCUACAGCAGACUAUUUGAUAUCACCUAACUCUUGAUUUUUGUUUUUGUGAACUAUGUAUAGAUUGUAUUGUUUAUUAGGAAGAGAACAAGAAGACAGUAAUAUUUUCUUUAAAAUAAAUUGUUUCUAA